AUGAAGCCCCUUCUGUAUUCUUUUCUUUUCCUGUCCUUCUUUCUAGGGAGCUACUUUGCCAACCACUUCAUCAUGGGAGGUGAGAAGUUUGACUCAACGCAUCCUGAGGGUUACCUCUUCGGAGAGAACAGUGACCUGAACUUCCUGGGGAACAGACCCGUAGCGUUUCCGUAUGCCGCCCCGCCCCCCCAGGAGCCAGUGAAGACACUCCGAAGCUUAAUCAACAUCCGCAAAGACACCCUGCGCCUUGUCAAGUGUACAGAGGAAGUGAAGACCCCUGGGGAGGAAGUGAGCAAAGCCAAGGUCCGUUACAACGUGGAGUUCACGUUUGACACCGAUGCACGGGUGGCCAUCACCAUCUAUUACCAAGCUACUGAAGAGUUCCAGAAUGGAAUAGCAAGUUACAUCCCCAAAGACAACAGCUUGCAGUCGGAGACGGUCCAUUAUAAGCGAGGGGUAUGCCAGCAGUUCUGCUUACCCUCUCACACCGUUGAUCCCUCAGAGUGGACAGAAGAGGAGCUGGGCUUUGAUCUGGACCGGGAGGUGUACCCCAUGGUGGUGCACGCUGUGGUGGAUGAGGGAGACGAGCACAUCGGCCACUGCCACGUGCUGCUAGCAACAUUUGAGAAGCAUGCAGAUGGCAGCAUUUGUGUGAAGCCCCUCAAGCAGAAACAAGUGGUGGAUGGCGUUAGUUACCUUCUUCAGGAAAUCUACGGGAUUGAGAACAAAUACAACACACAGGACUCCAAGGUUGCCGAGGACGAGGUGAGCGAUAACAGCGCAGAAUGUGUCGUUUGUCUCUCGGACGUCCGGGACACCUUGAUUCUACCCUGCCGGCACCUCUGCCUCUGCAACACGUGUGCGGAUACAUUGCGUUACCAGGCCAACAACUGCCCCAUCUGCAGGCUGCCAUUUAGAGCCUUGCUUCAGAUCCGUGCAAUGAGGAAGAAACUCGGCCCCUUGUCUCCCACUAGCUUCAACCCCAUCAUUGCCUCCCAAACGUCAGACUCGGAGGAACACUCGUCUUCUGAGAACAUCCCUCCUGGAUAUGAGGUGGUCUCUCUGCUGGAAGCUCUCAACGGGCCCCUCACUCCCUCCCCGGCAGCCCUUCCGCUUCACGUGCUGGGUGACGGUCAUGGGUCAGGGAUGCUGCCUUCCUAUGGCAGCGACAGCCACGUGCCUCCCAUCAGGACGCUGUCCCCCCUUGACCGCCUGUCCGACUGCAGCAACCAAGGCCUAAAACUCAAGAAGAGUCUGUCAAAGUCUAUUUCCCAGAAUUCCUCUGUCCUGCCUGAAGAAGAUGAUGAGAAGUCCUGCAGUGAGUCGGAGAUCAGGAUUUCCAGGAGGAAGUCUCCUCCUCAACAUGAGGAGGAAUGCAGUAUGACCCCGGACAGUGAGAACCUCACCUUGUCCUCCUCAGGAGCAAUAGACCAGUCUUCAUGUACAGGAACCCCACUCUCCUCUACCAUCUCCUCCCCAGAAGAUCCUGUCAGCAGCAGCCUGGCCCAGUCCAUCAUGUCCAUGGCUUCCUCCCAAAGUCAGCACUCCCAGCUCAGCACCGAUACUGUGUCUUCCAUGUCAGGCUCCUACAUUGCUCCUGGCACAGAGGAAGAGGGGGAUAUGUUCCCAUCCCCUGCUGCUGCCAGUGGGAUACCUUCAGAAGGAGAGUCAACUCCUGUGGAAUCUCCAGAUACAAACUUUGUCAGUAUCCCCACGGAGGAGCAAGAUGCAGAGGGGAAUGAUGUCAUGGAGGAAGAGGAUGCAUCUCCCACUCAGGAAGACGGCCAGAGGACAGGCGCUUACCUAGGUAUGGAGUGUGACAAUAACAAUGACAUUGGCAUCGCAAGCGUGAAAGCUCUGGACAAUAAGCUGUGCUCUGAGGCCUGCUUACCUGGUGUUGAGGUGUCCGAUGACAACGCCCUGACCUGCCGGCAAGCCCCAAGACACCAUCUGUCCACCAGCAGCAUCAACCAGGAAGAUGAUGAGGAUAUGCAAUGCAUGAUGGGACCCCUGGCAGUCUGACAAGACUCCGCCCUCUCUGGGACUGCGCACUGGAUGGAGGGCAAAGCCAGCUACCCAAAACAUUUCCCCAACACUAAAGAAAUCUGGAGCAACCAAUCUGUGGGCAUUAACACCUCAAAUAUGGCAGAUGUAGCGAUACUGUUAUAUAAAUAUAUAUAUAAAAAUAUAUAUAUAUUAUUUUUAAAUUUAAGCUGCAAGUCUCACCCCUCCUUCCUUUGAACUGUUUCCCUAUAUUUAUGCUAGGACUAACUGGACUCACCUUGAUAACAGCAGAAAGGAGGCUGGUUAUGUUCAUGACCUGUAACUCUCUAAUUCAGAGGCCUCUGUCCAUGUGUUGCAGCCAAGAACAGUUGGGGUGUUUCCCUUCCCACUCUUCUCCCUGUUCCCUGCUGUGAGCUGGUUGUAAGGUAGGAGGGAACUGAUGUCAGCACAUGUCCUCCACUGUCUCCUCUUCCCUUCAGCUCUCCUUGGCAGUUGGAGACUCCAGCUUCUUGGCUGGGGUGCCGUGUGGCACUGAAUGGGUGCGUGGAGGAGACUUCUCUUUGGUGAGAUGACUUCAUGGCCUGGAAGAUCACCCAACAAGGAAAGAGGCUGAGAGGAAUGGGUUGGGAGAAGAGGGUGCCAACAGGAACAAGUGGUGGUUAAGGGAAGAACAUUGCUGCAUGCCUAUCAUAGGGGCAUGGCAGUGUGGCUGCUUUCUGGGCAGGCUCUCCUGUCUCCAUCCAUCACAUGCCCUAAGGCACCUUCCGUUAGCGUGUGCACCCCUGUGUAGACUGGUUGGUGCGCUCACCCAUCUCCAUAUCACCCGGCGUAGAGUAACCAUCUCACUGGCUCAGCUGAGUGCAGACAUUCUGCAAGGGUAAGUUCUGCUUGUUAUGACUAUCUAGAGCUAUGCCCCAGGUCCUUUGGGGUCACAGGGAAUUUAGCUGUUGACUUCAGUAGGACCAGAAUGUGGUGUCUGUGAUGAACCAUCAAUGGGCAAGCUUAGGCACAUGGGCCAGGACCCUGUGCUGAUGCACAUCGACUGGUGCACUUCCAGGGAAGGCUGGUACACCUGUAGAUUUGCUGAAGUGUGCUGUGACAGUCCAUAAGAGUCCACUCACCUGGUUGCAUGUGCACAUUCAUAAUGGCUCAUUCCUCUCUCUUGCCUUGCAAGAGGUUCUUGUCCUAACUGGGACCAACUCACAAGAUAUAAGCUUGAAAACAAGUGCUUUAAACAUGGCUGCUGCUGCUGCUUUGGCAGGUUCCAAAUGUCUCUUCCAUCCCCUGUGCCCUCCUCCCGUUGCUGCAGGGCAGCUGCCAACUUUUUCUUCCCCUUGCAAAACAAAAACAAGCAAUAACCUAGCUCCACAGCCUCAGCAAGAGAUUAGAUGAAGGGUAAUUACGGGCUGAGCAGGCUUCCUUC